AUGUCCGCAAUUCGUCGAGCUACCCCAUUCCUCGUUGCAUCAACAGCAGGCAUUGUAUCGGGAGUUUACAUUUUCAGACCUUUGAUUCUGCAGGAAACGGAGAAACGACGUAGCACUGGUACACCGAAUCACCAAAACGUCAUAGGCGCGAACGAUCUCCCGAAGGGACAAGACAGUACCAAGAAUAGGGAGACCCACUAA